AUGAAUUUUAAACAAAUUUCAGGUAAGAAAACCUUGGACGUAAAAGUGAAUUCUAAUAAUAUCUAUGAUGUAAACUACACCACUUUUUUUGACGCCAUGUCUUGUGAAAUAUCAAAGAAUGUCAAAGUUCCUGGUUAUGUUGAUCUGAUAUCUGCUGAUUUCUCAUCAAGCACACCAGUGCAAAAGAUUGUAUCUCAAAUCACUUUGAUGUCUUCAUUACAGGAGUUCUUUGAAUACAGAAUGCAUUUCUUGUGUGGGAUUCCAGCUGUUGAAAUGCUAGGCACUGAAGAAGAUUGGAGGAAACUUAUUGGAAAACUAGAUGCACUCCAAAAUCUUCUUAAACCGAUUAAGCAUGAGUUGGGGAUACCACUAGAAUGGUGGAAACUGGCAGAAAAUAUAUUUAAGAAACUGCUUGCAACUUACUGUGGUGAACCUGAUUGCGAAUGGUGGUCAAAAAUUGUCAGCAAAGAGGGAUUUGGUUCAGGACCUCGGCGCUAUGAAGAAUGGAUCCCACAGUUCAUGGCAAACUUAAAAAGUCCUGCAGAUUUCAGUGAUUUUACAAGUGGACUUGUCACUGUACAGCUAACUCUUUCACAUCUGUCAGGUUUAGUUGAUGAGGUUGCAUUAGUUGCUGGAUGUCUGGGUUAUCAGCUUCACGAGAAUGAUGACAACAUACCAUCUGUACAGCCUUAUCAAGGAUGGUGUCUUAUGUUGCCAAAGAAUUCACCAUUUCGAGCUGAACACCAAUGAUUGAGCCAUUUUGAACAAUCUUGCUACGUUUUUAAGACAAAAUUAAUAAUCACUACUCUCUACUUAUUAUAGACAGCAAAAUGUAUGAAAAAAACUUAUUUAUUUAAAAUAUUUGAUGUUAUUUAGUUGUUCUAUCUACGUAAUAUAUUAAAAAAUAAACUAUUUUUGAAGAUGAA